AACAGAGCAGGACGUAACAGUAGACAGAUGAGGCUGUGAGAACUGAACACACACAGACGCACACCAAAAGAUGUCUGGGACACCACCCCCAGUACGUCCUAGGAAGCCAUCAGGGAUAAGAGUCAUGCCCCAUGAUGGUCAACUUCCUUCCCAUGGCAACGCAAAGGUGUUCAAAGUGAAUGGGGCCAGUAGUGAGCCAAAGCACACAUCUCGAGGACAUGCAGAGAGAGAGGUGGAGAUCCUAAACCACUGUUUUGAGGACGUGGAGCGCUUCAUGGGCCGCCUGCAGCGGGCCGCUGAGGCUCAGAGCAUCCUCAACCAGACCAAGAAGAGGAAGAGCAGAACAAGCAAGAAGAAGAAGCAGGAUGAUGAUCUGCUGACCCUGAAAGCCUGCCCUCCGCCUGAGGAGGAGUUUGUUGACAUUUUUCAGAAAGUCAAGUACUCCUUCUGUCUGCUGGACCGCCUGAAGUCAUCCAUCACAGAGCCUUCUUCUGGGGAGCUGCUGCAUCACGUCUUUAUUCCACUGGGCCUGAUGGUGAAGACUACUGGUGGGCCAGAGUUGGGGGCGACUGUGGUCAGUCCAGCCCUGACCAGUGGUGCUGUGUCUCUACUGCAGAAGCACCUGACUGAUGAAGAGAAGGAGUACUGGACCUCCCUAGGGCCUAACUGGACCUUACACUGCUCCCAGCUUGUUGAGUCUGUUCCUCCAUACUCACCUGUCUUUCUGGAUGGAUGGCAGCCUGAGGCCUUUGACCCAGAAGGUCAACUUUGGGAGGACCCAAUCAAGUCACAGCACAAACAGGACGCUCUUCAAGACAGUGACCAUCCUGAUCAGGCAGAGGAAGGCCCCAGCUCAGUCCAGCACGCUGACGAAUCAGAUGGCAGUGAGCUUCCACCUGAGGGUGAGAGAAUGUUCAGCUGCAGCUACGACUUUGUUGCCAGGAACAGCAGUGAACUCUCCGUACUGCAGGGAGAAACUCUGGAGGUGAUUGAGUCAUCAAAGCGUUGGUGGAAGUGCCGCAAUCGCUUUGACCAGGUUGGGUUUGUUCCCUUCAACAUUCUGGAGCCUCUGUCUGCCCUCAACAACAACCAUAGGGAUAGCCCAGUGGUACUCAGACAGUCUAAGAAGGUGCCCUUCACCCCUCCCAAGCACUUCUCCUACACCCCUUUCAGCCCAGAAGGGGCAAACCCCCCCGCCAUGCCCCGCCGUCCUCAAAGCAUGUUCCCCUCCACCAUGACAGGGGGCGACAGAGACAAAGGCUUCAUGGUGAAUGAUGAGCUCCUCCAGCAGCUGGCCAACAGCAGGGCGGGGUCCAUCCGUCCCCUGGUGAUCCCCCGCACCACAGACACCUCGGCCCCCCUGGACUACCAGUCCCCUCCUGCUGAGGUAGAGGGCUGGCUGAGAGGGAAGGGCUUCACUGAGCCGACAGUUACACUGCUGGGGAGACUCACUGGUGCUGAGCUCUUUGCCCUGAGUAAAGAGGACCUGCGUAUGUUUUCACCAGAGGAGGGUGCCAGAGUGUACAGCCAGAUGAUGGUGCAGAAGGCUUUACUGGAGGAUGUCCGCAAAUCCACAGAGCUGGAGGCAAUGAUGGAGAAACAGAAGCAGAAGGUGGACUUCCAGCUGGAGAGCAGGAGGCUGUGAACAACAACAAGCUAUACACAUGUAUAACACUGAUACACAGAUAUCACUAGUUGAUGGACGCCAACACAAUAACUUCACUGUCACUGAUUAAGAGGACACACAAACUCACUAACAUUGUCUGUAUGGAUACUCUGAUACAGAGAUUUACCUUUUAAAGGGAUAGUUCACCCAAACUACAAAA